CCCCUUGCAAGCCUCCUUGGGGUCCCGGACGGCGGAGCCAUGCAGGCUGCGCUGGCGAUCGCCCGGCGGGGGCUCUUGGGGGGUGGCUCGGGGUGGCUUCAGGAUCCCAGAACGCUUCAGCGAGGAUGAUCUGCGCAUGCACCGAGUCCCCUGCGUUGCAAAGGCGUUGGAGGACUACAGUUCCCAACAUCCUGCUCCCGCCCACCACCCAGGCUGCUUCAGCAUCCCCUUUCCUAGGAGUAUACAGACGGGCAUCCAGAGAUUUCAAAAAUUACUGGAAAACUCAGAUUCAGCAACAGACAAAGAGCUAGAUUCCACACAGUCAAAGGGCUUCAGCUAUCUGCCUCCAGCGCCGGGAGCAGAAAGUUCCAUGCAUUGGGAUGGAAAGAAGUUUGAAGAAAUUCCAAUAGUUCAUAUCAAAGCUACUUACAAUAACACUCACAUCCAGGUUUUCACAGCUGAGAAAGUCCCUCUCGUCCUACUAACCUGUGGCUACAUGGGGUUCAAGAACGCAAAGAAAUCCACAGCUCUUGCAGCACAGACAACUGGAAUUGCAGCGGGAAACAAAGCAGCUAAGAAGGGCGUGCACCACGUACGAGUUGUUGUGAAAGGCCUGGGACCUGGGCGGUUGGCCGCCAUCCAGGGCUUAGCCUUAGGGGGGCUGGAAGUGAUCUCCAUCACAGACAACACUCCGGUACCGCACAACGGCUGCCGUCCUCGGAAAGCGCGAAGGCUCUGAGGAAUGGAAGCAGGAGAGACAGAGAAAAAGAAGAGAUUCUGACUGCUUCUCCAAAAGCUUGGGGGGCCAUGUUCAGGCAGCUGUUCAUCUUUCUGCAACUUUCAGAAGAGAAACUAAAGACAGGCUAGGGACUUUGCCCACAGGAAGGCAAGCCAGAGACUAUGUUGAUAAAGUGUGAAUGUUAAAAAAAAAAAAGUUGCCUCCACCUCACGGGGGCCCGUUGAAUUACAUUUUUUUUGCUUGGG